GCUGACGUAGCAGUUAGCUAAUAAACAAAAAGGAGGUGUAACAACUUCAACCUUCAGCUUUAACAGUUUGUACCGCUGCUACAAGGUAAAAUAAGUUCUAACUCACCUCAGUUACAACUACAUGCACAGACGGUUGAUCUUAUUUGUUCAUAAGGCGGUUUGUGUGCAUCAACACAAGUUUGGUUCACUUGUUGGACAUCAGCAACUCACCAAACUGUGCAAAGCCUCCCCUGUCUCUUUGUACACUAAUCAGCUUCCCUCUCCUCCUCACUCGUUAAAGCCUUCAUGGCAAACUAGUCAUUUUACCUCAGUAUCCCAUAAACAAGACCUCCUUCAAAGGUUUCCUCCCUGGUCUUUCCUGUACCGUCAUUUUUCUAACCAGCUGGAUAUGUCGGAGCAGAGGUUCCUCGUGGAAUACGCCAAACGCGGCACCGCAGGGUGUAAGAAAUGCAAGGACAAAAUCCAGAAGGGAAUAGUGCGCAUAGGGAAGGUUGUGCCGAACCCUUUCAGCGAGUCUGCAGGGGAGAUGAAGGAGUGGUAUCAUGUGAAGUGCAUAUUUGAGAAGCUGGAAAGGGCAAGAGCCACCACGAAGAAGAUUGAAGACCUCACAGAACUGGAGGGCUGGGAAGAGCUGCAGGACGAGGACAAAGAGCUCAUUAAUAAACACGUUUCAGACCUCAUGGCCAAAGUCAACACGAGUCCAAAAAAGAAGGUUCAGGCCAAGUUGAACACCACGGGUCAGCUGAUGGCUCCUCCUGCUGACCCGUCUGUCAACGUGCCGCGCAAGUUCUCAGGCUUCACAGCUGCGAAGGCCGGCAGCUCCAGCAGCCCUGGACCGUCCUCGACCCCCACCAAAGGCAGCCCCCUCUCCAAGCAGCUCUGUGACCCCCAGCACAAGGACUGCCUCUUCAGAGAGUUUCGUAAGCUCUGCGCCACGGUGGCCGACAACAACAGCUACAACACCAAGACGCAGAUCAUCGAGAGGUUCCUGAAGAAAGGCACCGGAGGAGAUAAGUUCCACGGAGAUCUUUACUUGACCGUAAAAUUGCUCCUGCCAGGCGUUGUAAAAAGUGUUUAUAACCUCAACGACAAGCAGAUCGUCAAACUCUUCAGCCGCAUUUUCCGAUGCAACCAGGACGACAUGGUGCGAGAUCUGGAGCAGGGCGACGUGUCCGAGACGGUGAGGAUGUUCUUUGACGACAGCAAGUCUUUUCCUCCUGCUGCCAAGAGCCUCCUUACGAUCCAGGAAGUAGACUCGUCCUUGACCCGCCUCGCUCAGCUGACGAAGGAGGAUGAGCAGCAGAACGAGCUGGAGGCGAUUUCCAAAAAAUGUACCAGCAAUGACUUGAAAUGCAUCAUCAGGCUAAUCAAGCACGACUUGAAGAUGAACGCCGGGGCGAAACACGUUUUGGAUGCUGUGGAUCCAAACGCCUACGAUGCGUUCAAGGCCUCCCGUAACCUGAGUGACGUGAUCGAGAGGGUACUGAGGAACCAGCAGGAGGCGUCUAACGGUUCUGGACCCAGGAAGCUCCUCACGGUGGAGGCCUCCCUCAUGACCCCCGUCCAGCCGAUGUUGGCCGAGGCGUGUAAAUCCAUCGAGUACGCCAUGAAGAAAUGCCCCAACGGGAUGUACUCGGAGAUAAAGUAUGACGGCGAGCGCGUGCAGGUCCACAAGAGCGGAAACACGUUCAGCUACUUCAGCCGCAGCCUCAAGCCGGUUCUGCCUCACAAAGUGGCUCAUUUCAAAGAGUACAUCCCUCAGGCCUUUCCUGGUGGCCACAGUAUGAUUCUGGAUGCUGAGGUCCUUCUGAUCGACACCAACACCAGCAAACCGCUGCCGUUUGGGACCCUGGGUGUCCACAAGAAAGCAGCCUUUCAAGAUGCCAACGUGUGUCUUUUUGUGUUCGACUGCAUCUACUUCAACGGCGUGAGUCUGAUGGAAAGGCCUCUGAGUGAACGAAGAAAGUUCCUGGAUGACAACAUGGUGGAAGUUCCCAACAGGAUCCUGUUCUCAGAAAUGAAAUUUGUCACGAGGGCAGCAGAUCUGGCGGACAUGAUAACUCGUGUCAUCAGAGAAGGACUUGAAGGCCUGGUGCUGAAAGACAGAAAGGGCACCUACGAGCCGGGGAAACGCCACUGGCUGAAAGUAAAGAAGGAUUAUUUAAACGAAGGGGCGAUGGCGGACACAGCUGACCUGGUGGUGCUGGGAGCGUUCUACGGGAAAGGCUCAAACGGAGGCAUCAUGUCCAGUUUCCUCAUGGGCUGCUACGACCCAGACACCAAGAAGUGGUGCACAGUCACCAAGUGCUCCGGAGGCUACGAUGACGCCAUGUUGGCCCGGCUCCAGAAGGAGCUGGACGUGAUCAAAAUCAGCAAGGACCCAAGCAAAAUCCCCGGCUGGCUGAAAAUCAUCAAGAACUAUUAUCCAGACUUUAUUAUCCGCCACCCAGAGCAAGCGCCCGUCUGGGAGAUCACCGGCGCAGAGUUUUCCAAAUCCGAGAUGCACACCGCCGACGGCAUCUCCAUCCGGUUUCCCCGCAUGACACGAAUCCGUGAUGACAAGGACUGGAAGACCGCCACCAACCUGCACCAGCUCAAGGAGCUCUACCGCAUAUCUAAGGAGCACUGCGACUUUAAAGUGACCGCCGGUCCUUCGGCGUCCAACGACAAGGGGUCAUCGGGGGGAGACAGCGGAGGAAGCUCGCCUUCGUCCAGCAGGAAGACGCCAGCCAAGAAGACGAGUAACAGCACGCCGUCCAAACCAAAGGCGGUGAAAUCAGAGCCUCGCACUCCCAGCUCAGAGGCGCCGAGCGCGAAGAAGGUGAAGAAGAGUGAAGGAAGCGUUCACAGCAACGGGCAAACCAAACCAAAGGCAACUUCUCAACUGAUGGAACCAAGAAAUGACCAGACGCUGCUGGACAUCUUCAGCGGAGUGAAGCUCUUCCUGCCCGUCUCCAUGCAGGACUUUGACAGACUGAGGAGGUACUUCCUGGCUUAUGACGGAGACCUGGUGCAGGAUUACGACGCUGCAUCAGCCACACACACCCUGGCUGAACCUGAGGACGACGGCAAGGCCCAGAAAGUCUCGUCCAACUGGAUCUGGGAGUGCAUUCGCAAGAGACGCCUUGUGCCAGCCUGUUGAUGAAGAGACGAACCGUCCAACCAUAAACUCAUCUGUGCAGAUCUAAACGUGCACACGUGUUUUCUGCCAACACUGAACUCAGGCUGUUUUUUAUAUGUGCUUUUUGGGAUAAACGGUGGAAUCCUAAAGUCAGUUUUUGUGUUUUAUCAUCCCGCUGAUGAAAUGUUUUCUUAAAUCUAAACCGGAGUGCAGUUUUUCACAAAACUCACAGGACAGAUUAUUAUUAGAUUAAUGAGCAUCACUUUUCACUACAGGAGCAA